AUGUCCGAUCACACCCAUGACCACUCGCACAGCCAUUCACAUGGCCAUAGUCACGAGCCUCCGGCAGAAACCUAUUCUGCGCAGCUGGUUAAUCUGAAAAUCGACACCACUCAGGUUGUGGGGCUAAAUGUACAGAAUGAGCCACAGGAGGUUGCGAAACUCUUCAAAGAUUCCUCUCUGAGAUAUCAAUUGAAGCCUGUGAUCAAGUCGGAUGCCGAUGAGCAGCUCAUUUUGCAUAUUCCGUUCUUGAAUGGAAGCGUCAAGUUGCACAGUAUGAUUCUACGCACCAACGGCGGCAGCUAUUGCCCCAGAACAAUCAAGUUGUGGAAGAACGCACGUCAUCUUGACUUUGACAACAUCAAUGAGAGUUCCUCUGCAUUCACGGUCACACAUCCGCAGGUCGGCGUUCCCUACGAUGAGGACGACGAAAUUCCAGAUGAGUUGGUGACGGAGUCUGAUUUCGUGGAGCACCAUUUGCCAAAACACACCUUCAGCGGUGUGCGGUGUCUCACGAUCUUUAUUGAGAACAUCUACGGUGAUGAGGAGGAGUGCCAUCUCCAUUCAAUUGAGCUACGAGGCGAGUUCACUGAGCUCACCAGGGAUCCAGUGAUUACUCUCUACGAGCUGGCGCCUAAUCCAGCAGAUCAUAAGGUUCACGAUCAGGUCAAGUAUCGCGUUGAUUAUUGA